AUGACAACUGUGAGAGUAAUAGGAACUGAUGUGAAGAAAGGUUGGCAGAUGUUUCAAUUAGAUGUCAACUAUGCCUUCCUUCAUGGAGAUCUCCAUAAGGAAGUAUAUAUGGAGGUGCCUCAGGGCCUAGUAGUAGACAAGCAGAUAAAAGAUUUGGGAAGGUUACACUAUUUCUUAGGAAUAGAAGUACUUUACAAAGAAGAUGGAGUGUUGAUAUCUCAAAGAAAGUUCACUAUGGAUCUGCUGAAAGAGUUUGAAUGUGCCCAAUAUUCCAGCUUAACAUCACCCCUUGAUCCUUCUACAAAGCUGAAGGCAGAUGAAAGUCCUUUGUUGAUUGACCCUUCCAACUACAGAAAGCUGGUAGGUAAGCUGAAUUUCUUGACAAAUACAAGGCUUGAUAUAUCCUAUAAUGUCCAACACCUCAGUCAAUACAUGCAGUCACCUAGAGAAAGUCAUCUGAAAGCUGCAUACCAUGUCUUGAGAUAUCUAAAAGGUGAUCCAAGCCUGAGUAUCUUCUUCUUCAACAACAAGGAUUAUGGAAUAAGAGCUUUUUAUGACUCAGAUUGGGCAGCAUGCCCUGAGACCAGAAAGUCAGUCAGUGGCUAUAUCAUGUUACUUGGAAAUAGUCCCAUAAGUUGGAAUCAAAGAAACAGUCCACCAUAUCAUUAUCUUCAGCUAAAGCGGAGUAUAGAGUAG